AUGUACACCACCAUAACUAUCCUAACCCUAAUCUCCCUAAUUCCCCCUGUCGCCACUGCCCUCACCAAUACAAACAAAAAAAGCUCAUACCCACAUUACGUAAAAACAAUUAUUGCCUCCACCUUUAUAAUCAGCCUACUCCCCACAACAAUAUUUAUAUGCACAGACCAGGAGGCCAUCAUCUCAAACUGGCACUGAACUGCAGCCCAAACACUAGAACUCUCCCUAAGCUUCAAACUAGACUACUUCUCCAUAAUAUUUAUCCCCGUCGCACUGUUCGUCACCUGAUCCAUCAUAGAAUUCUCACUAUGAUACAUACACUCAGACCCAAACAUCAACCAGUUCUUCAAGUACCUACUCAUCUUCCUCACCACAAUACUAAUUCUAGUUACCGCCAACAACCUAUUCCAACUUUUCAUCGGCUGAGAGGGCGUAGGAAUUAUAUCCUUCCUUCUCAUUGGCUGAUGAUACGCCCGAGAAGAAGCCAACACCGCAGCCAUCCAAGCAAUCCUAUAUAAUCGCAUCGGCGACAUCGGCUUUAUCCUAGCUCUGGCAUGAUUCCUCUUCCACACCAACUCAUGAGAACCACAACAGAUACUCCUCCUAAGCACUAGCUCUAACUUCCUCCCACUAGCAGGCCUCCUCCUGGCAGCAGCAGGAAAAUCAGCCCAACUUGGACUCCACCCCUGACUCCCCUCAGCCAUGGAAGGCCCAACCCCCGUCUCAGCCCUACUCCAUUCAAGUACCAUAGUCGUAGCCGGAAUUUUCCUACUCAUCCGCUUCCACCCUCUAAUGGAAAACAACCAACCGAUCCAAACCCUCACACUAUGCCUAGGCGCCAUCACCACCCUAUUUACAGCAAUUUGUGCCCUAACACAAAACGAUAUCAAAAAAAUCGUAGCAUUUUCCACCUCCAGCCAAUUAGGCCUAAUAAUGGUCACGAUUGGCAUCAAUCAACCGCACCUAGCAUUUUUACAUAUCUGCACCCAUGCCUUCUUCAAAGCCAUACUAUUCAUAUGUUCCGGAUCCAUCAUCCACAACCUCAACAACGAACAAGAUAUCCGAAAAAUAGGAGGUCUAUUCAAAACACUACCCCUCACCUCAACCUCCCUAACCAUCGGUAGCCUCGCACUCACAGGAAUACCCUUCCUAACAGGUUUCUACUCCAAAGAUCCUAUUAUCGAAACCGCAAACAUAUCGUACACCAACGCCUGAGCCCUGUCCAUAACUCUCAUCGCCACCUCCCUAACAAGCGCUUACAGUACCCGAAUAAUUCUCCUCACCCUAACAAAUCAACCCCGCUUCCCAACCCUAAUCAACAUCAACGAGAACGACCCCUCCCUUCUAAAUCCCAUUAAACGCCUGACAGCCGGAAGCCUCCUUGCAGGCUUUCUCAUCAUUAACAGCAUUCCCCCCAUCUCCCCCUCCCAAACGACAGUCCCACUCUACCUAAAACUAACAGCCCUGAGCGUCACCCUUUUAGGCUUCCUAACAGCCUUCGACCUUUACCUCUUAGCUAACAAACUCAAAAUAAAAAAUCCCUCACACACAUUCCGUUUCUCUAAUAUACUAGGAUUCUACCCCAGCACCAUCCACCGCACAAUCCCUUAUACAAGCCUUCUCAUAAGCCAAAACCUGGCAUCACUCCUACUAGACCUAGCCUGACUAGAAAAAUCAAUACCUAAAGCCAUCUCACACCACCAAAUCUCUGCCUCCACCACCAUUUCUUCUCAAAAAGGCAUAAUCAAACUCUACUCCCUCUCCCUCCUAAUCCCACUCUCCCUAGCCCUCCUUCUAAUUGUAUAA